UCUGCCCACCUCAGCCUCCCAAAGUGCUGGGAUUAUAGGCGUGAACCACCACACCUGGCCGAACUGCAGUAUUUCAUCUGAAGAUUUGCUCUCAGCUAGUAUAUGCUGGGUAGGCCAGAAAGGCUAGAUUCAUGUGGCAGUGACAUGCUGGAGGAGGCACAGGGUUAUUGGUCCUAUGAUGCAGUCUCAGUCUUUUAGUGAGCCUGUACCCCUGGGUUUAUGAACUUCACUUGGCUUUUUUCUUCUGCCAUUAGUUGGCAUAAAAACAAGCUAGAGCUGAGAUUUUCCCUUUCCCCAUGUUAGAGAUUAGAGUGGCUGGGGUUGGAGUUUUUCCUUCCCCCAGGUAGGUUAGGCUCUGGUAAAGUACUUUACCUUGAGGGCAGGCUUGUAUUUAGAAGAACAGACCAGAACUCUCAAGGUUGUCCACCCGGAGCCUCCAGCAAUUCGUCAAUUACAGUUCAAGUGACCCCAUGGUACUGGCGCCAGCCAUAGAGGACUCUGCUCCCAGUACACACUUACCCUCUGUAUUUGCCUGUCUCUUCAAUUUUGAGGACCGCAGUUUGUCCUGUGAUCUCAGUUCUCUGAGGCAUCUUAGAAAAGUUAUUGAUUUUCAUUUGUUUAGCUUUUUUCUUGUUGUGAGCAUGGGAGAAAUGACUGCCAAGCUCUUUAUGAGUUGGACUAGAAACUCCAUGGGAGGUUCAAUAUUUUUAAUCUAAGAAGGGCAAAGAAGUAAUUUUUUAACUUCUUGGCAACUCAUCUCAGUUUUAACUUUUAUUUCAGUGCUUCCUUUUAUAAAUUGUUACAUAAUAACGACAUCUGUUUGUGAAAUAUGUGGUAUUCCCACCCACCUGGGCAUGAAAAGGCCCUAAGAGGUCAGCAAGCAGUCAGAGAAACUGGUGUUUACCGGAGACUCAGGAGGACCAGCCAGCCACAACCUCUGGGUCACCUUGGCAAUUGCAGAAUAAAUGCGUUAUAGUUACUAAAGUAAAAAAUUAGAUAUGCGUGUUUGCAUAUUGAAUUAUAAAAAUACCAUUCAAAGACAAAUAGAUCUAAAAAUAAAAUGGAAAAACAUAAACACUAAUUCUGUAAAUAUUACACUUAAUGCACAACUGAAACAAAAUUUGCCAACUUACUCAAUAUCAAAAUCUACGAACAGUUUUUCUAUUUUAUAUAAUUUCCCUCUCCUCGCUCUGGAUCUCCCUCCCCAGCUCUCAGUAAUUUAUUUUAUUUUAUUUUUUUUGCUCUCAUUCUUUGUACACCUCUAUUGCCUCUGUGAUAAGCAGCUUCAAAGUUGGUUCCUAAUGUUUUAUUGGAUAGAAUACAGCAAAAGUGAUGAAGUGUUGCUUCCCCGAUUACAUUGCGAAGCAUCCGUGGCUUCCAUCUCAAGUGGGUUCACUUGCUCUCUGGGAAUCUCUCCUCUAAGGGAAUCCAGAUACCAUAAUGCUGGCUGCCCUGUGGUGAGGCUUGCAUCACUAGGAACUCAUGUCUCUGGGCAACAGCCAGUGAGAACCUGAGCCCUGCUGUCAGCCACUUGAGGGAACUUGGAGCUUGGAAGUGAAUCCUCCUGGAGUCAAGCCUUGACGUAACUAGCCUUGGCGGCUGCUUGACUGCAGCCUUGUGAAAGAGACUUUGGGCCAGAGGCACCAGCUAAACCGCCCCCGGAUUCCUGACCCACAGAAAGUGGGAGAUAACCAGUCAUUGGACUUCAGCAUGACUACUCAGUUGCCGGGUUAUGUGGCAAUUUUGCUUUUCUAUGUCUCAAGAACCAGCUGCCAGGACACUUUCACUGCAGCUGUUUAUGAACAUGCAGUGAUAUUGCCCAAUGUCACCCUAACACCAGUGUCUCGUGAGGAGGCUUUGGCAUUAAUGAAUCGUAAUCUGGACAUUUUGGAAGGAGCGAUCAUAUCAGCAGCACAGCAGGGUGCGCAUAUUAUUGUGACUCCAGAAGAUGGUAUUUAUGGCUGGAACUUCAACAGGGACUCCCUCUAUCCAUACUUGGAGGACAUCCCAGACCCUGAAGUAAACUGGAUUCCCUGUAAUAAUCCUAACAGAUUUGGCCAGACCCCAGUACAAGAAAGACUUAGCUGCUUGGCCAAGAACAACUCUAUCUACGUUGUGGCAAAUAUUGGGGACAAGAAGCCAUGCAAUACCAGUGAUCCUCAGUGUCCCCCUGAUGGCCGUUACCAAUACAACACUGAUGUGGUAUUUGAUUCUCAAGGAAAACUGGUAGCACGCUACCAUAAGCAAAACCUUUUCAUGAGUGAAGAGCAAUUCAAUGUACCCAAGGAGCCUGAGAUCGUGACUUUCAAUACCAGCUUUGGAAGUUUUGGCAUUUUCACAUGCUUUGAUAUACUCUUCCACGAUCCUGCUAUUACCUUGGUGAAAGAUUUCCACGUGGACACCAUACUAUUCCCAACAGCUUGGAUGAAUGUUUUGCCACAUUUGUCAGCUGCUGAAUUCCAUUCAGCUUGGGCUAUGGGCAUGAGGGUCAAUUUCCUUGCAUCCAACAUACAUUAUCCCUCAAAGAAAAUGACAGGAAGUGGCAUCUAUGCCCCCAGUUCUUCAAGAGCAUUUCAUUACGAUAUGAAGACAGAAGAGGGAAGACUCCUCCUCUCACAACUGGAAUCCCACCCAUCCCACUCUGUAGUUGUGAAUUGGACUUCCUAUGCCAGCAGUAUAGAGCCGCUCUCGUCAGGAAACCAGGAAUUUAAGGGCACUGUCUUUUUCGAUGAAUUCACUUUUGUGAAGCUCGCAGGAGUUGCAGGAAAUUACACAGUUUGUCAGAAAGAUCUCUGCUGCCAUCUAAGCUACAAGAUGUCUGACAACCUAGCAGAUGAAGUGUACGCCCUAGGGGCGUUUGAUGGACUGCACACUGUGGAAGGGCGCUAUUAUCUACAGAUUUGUACCUUGUUGAAGUGUAAAACGACUAAUUUAAACACUUGCGGUGACUCAGUUGAAACAGCUUCUACCAGGUUUGAAAUGUUCUCCCUCAGUGGCACUUUCGGAACCCAGUAUGUCUUUCCUGAGGUGUUGCUGAGUGAAAAUCAGCUUGCACCUGGAGAAUUUCAGGUGUCAACUGAUGGACGCUUGUUUAGUCUGAAGCCAACAUCCGGACCUGUCUUAACAGUAACUCUGUUUGGGAGGUUGUAUGAGAAAGACCAGGCAUCAAAUGCUUCAUCAGGGAUCACAGCACAAGCAAAAAGAAUAAUGCUAAUAGUUAUAGCACCUAUUGUAUACUUAUUAAGUUGGUAGAAUAUUGACAUUUUCUGUUUUUUACUUGGGAUAAUUUAAAAAAUGAUGGAUAAGAAAAGAAAGAUUGAUCUGGGUUAAUAUUGUUCUCUAGUAUAAGUGAAUUACUGAUUUCUCUUUAUUUAGACAAACACACACACACACCAGAUAAUAUAAGCUUAAUAAAUUAUCUGUUAAUGUAGAUUUUAUAAAAAACUGUAUUUGAACAUUGGUCUUUCUUGGAAGUGAGCUAAUUAUAUCAAAUAAGUAUUACAAAUCUUUUAUGCAGAAGAAAUAAAAACUACGGGUAAAAAACAUAUCAGAACUAUCAUAAAAUUUACUUACAAGGAGGCUGCUCUUGUUACCACUUUUAUUACAAUACAUAUCACUUAUUCAGCUCUGUUGAAAAUUUCCAAAGAUUUUAUUUGUUUGCUCUUUUAGUUUUUUACCUAAACAAUGCAUUUUGAUUCUCUUGCGGUUUGAAUAAUGUCUCCCAAAAAUUUACAUGUUGAAGUACCUCAGAAUGUGAUUGUAUUUGGAGACAGGGUCUUUAAAGAGGUAACGUAAGGUCAUUAGGAUGGACCCUAAUUCAAUAUGACUGGUGUUCAUAAAAGAAGAGGUGAGUAGGGCACAACAGGCACAAAGGGAGACCAUAUGAAGACACAAAGGAAAGACAACUCUUUACAAGCUAAAGGAGAGAGGCCCUCAGAAGAAACCAACCCUGCCAACACCUUAAUCUUGGAUUUCCAGCCUCCAAAACUGUGAGAAAUACAUUUCUGUUGUUUAAGUCACCCAGUUCAUGGUACUUUGUUAGGCAGCCCUGGCAAACGAAUCAAAGACCAUUCCUGUUCCUCUCUCCACCACUACUGUUUUCUACCAUAAUCUGAAGCUUCAACAAAAGGCUUACCUGGUAAGAAUAUUCAGCUGGUCUGGGUCCCCAAGACUCCAACAGACACUCUUAGAGAAGGAUUGCUGAUGGAUUGAUAGUGAAACCAUUAGAUCAUUGAAUUCCUCUGGAAUUAGAAAAUCAGAGAGUCCCAUUUUAAGAAAUUAGGUAUUUAAUCUAGCAUUAUGUGUUCUAUUUUAGUAACAGCAGAAUCUCUUGACAUUACACAAUUCAGUGAAACAAAGAACAUCAUUUAAGCCAAAACAUCUCGCAAAGUGACUAAUAGACUCUGAGCACUAAUAUCAUAGUACUGUGAUGAUGGACAAUGACAUAGCACCAAUAGCAGCCAUGCACUGUGCAAAGCAUGUCCCUCUGCACAGGACAGCAAGGCACUUGCAGCAGUGAUCUAUGCCAGCAAAACAUCAUUUUGAGACAAACAUUUUUGUGGCAGAUGUUUUUCCUAAAAGGUACUAUAUCAUCCAAGAAAUAUUUGAGUAAAAUCCCUUGUGCUUUUGGGUGACAUUAACUGAUAUUUGCUUUUUUUCAAGACCUAAUAGAAAAUAAGAAAACCCAUAAUGUAUUUAGAAACAGAAAUCCACAGAGCAAGUCUUCAUACUCUCAUAUAAUUUCAAUGUAAAACAGAAAACAUAUCGAUGUGUUGGUGAUAGGCUUGAAUUAUUAAAAACUUCAAAAGAAUUCUAAAUGUUUCUUUUCUGCUCAACAUUGACAACUAUGGUAGGUCUCCCUUGUGGUGUAAUGAAUUGCCCCCAAACUAAUAUAUUAAAACAACAAAGAUUUAUUACCUUAUAGAGUUUCUGAGGGUCAGGAUCCGGGACUGGCUUAGUGGAGUUGUUCUGAAUCAGGGCCUUUGUAAAGUUGUAGUUAACUUGUCCCCAGGGCUGCCAUCAUCUCAAGGCUCGGGUAGGGCUGGAGAAAAUCUGUUUCUCAGCUCACUCAUGGUUGUUGCCAGGCCUCCAUUCUGUAGGAUGCUAGAAAAACUUUCAUAAAUGUCAUCUGGCUUCUCCUAGAGCAAUGAUACUGAGAGAGAAAGCACAUGAGAGAAAGAACGAGGCAACUUGGAUGUAAGCCACAGUCUUUGAAAACCUAAUCACAGAAGUGGCAUCUCUUCUUUCACAUGAUAUUGGUCACAUGGACCAACAAUGGCACAAUGUGGAGAGAACAGAGUUGAGAAUAUCAGGAGGUGGGGCUUCAUGGGGGCCAUUUUGGAUGCUAUCACAGCGAAUAUAUGUAUUUAUAUUUACAUAUGUAUAUAUUGCAAUGUAAUUUUAAAAAUAGGAUUGUUUUCCUUUUCUUUUUGCUAUAUGUGAUAUGUAUUUCAAAAUACACUCCCAAUAGUCACAUCUAUUAGAAAAGUACUACACUAAAAAACUUUCUAUAUGUUGUAUAAUUAAAUUAAAUAAU